AUGACCUCUACCGAAGAGAAGCUACCUAUACCGCCAACCUCUCCUGAGAGUUGUAGCGUCUCCGAGUUAUCACAACCGUUGCAUUAUAAAAAGCCCUUGGAGAGGAUAAUCGAACCGACCAAACCAACAGCCGUCGUUUAUCGAUCAACAUCUCAUGUAUCUGGCCCGGAUGUAUUAGGGCCAUCCUCGGUCCAGCCGCCGCCACCGUCCUCUGGACAACAUGAAGAAGCAGGAGAUGAAAUAUACGACCGCGUGUCGCCACACCGCAAACACGUCAUUGUGACUGUCUUAUCCUUUUGCGCUUUUCUAGCGCCGCUAUCAAGCACGAGUAUCCUCUCUGCUGUCCCUCAGGUGGCAGAGACAUAUCAUACAACUGGCUCUAUCAUCAACGUCAGCAAUGCUGCAUAUAUGGCAUUGAUGGGUGUAUCUCCGGUAAUAUGGGGGCCCAUGAGCCAGGUGUUUGGAAGGAGACCAAUGACACAGUUGACCACGAUAUUAUUUUUCUUGCUGAGCAUAGCUACUGCUCUUGCUCCGAAUCUGGCAUCAUUCUUUAUAUUCAGAGCUCUCUCGGCUUUUGAGGGAACGGCCUUUAUUCUGCUCGGAGCAGCCUGCAUAGGAGAUAUAUAUCGCCCAACGGAGCGAGCAACUGCUCUCGGAUGGUUCAUGUCUGGAACACUGAUCGGCCCUGCCGUUGGCCCCUGUAUAGGAGGCAUCUUAGUUACUUACAAGUCGUGGAGGACCAUAUUCUGGUUACAGACGGCAUUGGCUGGCACGGGUGUUCUGGGCGUCUUUUUCCUUGUGCCAGAAACCAUCCACCACAAAGCAAUUGACGAUUUGGAAGGCCGCUCAAGGAAAGAAAAGGCCAAAGCUAUACUUCAUAUGACGAAUCCAAUUCGAGUGAUGCGGUUAUUCAGAUACUGGAAUCAGGUAUUGGUGGCACUUGCCAGCUCAGCACUUGUGUGGAACAUGUAUAGCUUGCUCACGCCGAUUCCGUACGUAUUGAACCCGCGGUUUCAUCUGCAGUCGCCGCUGGUGUCGGGACUCUUCUAUCUAGCCCCUGGCAGUGGCUACCUGUUGGGGACAUUCAUGGGGGGAAGAUGGGCAGACAGAACGGUAAAGCUUUGGAUAAAGAAACGCAAUGGCGUGCGUAUCCCAGAGGAUCGUCUACGGUCCGCAGUGCCAUUUAUGGCCAUCCUCAUGCCAAGCUGUAUCCUUAUAUAUGGAUGGGCGGUUGACAGGGCCGUGGGUGGCAUUCCGCUUCCAGUCAUCAUGCUCUUCCUGCAAGGUGUCGGUCAACUCUUCUGCUUCCCAGCUCUAAAUACCUACUGCUUGGACGUAAUGCCUGGACGCGGCGCAGAGGUGACAGCAGCAAACUACUUUGUUCGGUACCUGGCAGGCUGCGUGGCGACAGCCGUAGUCCUUCCAGCCGUGGAUGGUAUUGGUGUCGGCUGGUUUGAGACCAUUUCCACUGGUCUAGUGGUUCUCUCGACCAUCGGCGUCUUGGCUACCAUUCGGUGGGGCAAGGAAUGGAGGGAAAAGAUUGAUGCCAAAGAGAAAGGCUCAGUCAACGAGGAGACCGACGAAGUGACAGACGUGGACGACAGUCAACAACAAGAGGAGAAAGCUGUGAAUGGUGAGAAGUCAAAGGAAAUGGUUUGA